AUGAGCCCGUUUUUAAAAAUUGCCGCAAUGCACUUCCAAAUCAAGCACUUGCUGCGCCUGAAUCACUGCGUCUCUGCGCAGCGCAAAAGGACACUCGAGAGGAAACUGUGGACUGUUUCUGCAGCGCAGCAGAAACAACGUGGCGUAACAAGAGGACCAGCUGGGUGGCCACUAGCAUCUGCAGACAUCAACAAGUAUGUCGCCCCGCAGUGCUGCAGGAACUAUGCAUCCGACUCCGCGUACAGCCGAGCCUUCGCCUCGGCGAGGGACAACCCAGAGACUUUCUGGGCUGAGAUGGGGCAGGAUAUUAACUGGUUUGAGCCGUGGAGUCAAACUUUGCACGUUGAGGAUCCAGUGUUUCCAAACUGGUUUGUUGGAGGGAAGUUAAACAUGUGCUACAACGCUGUGGACCGGCACGUAGAGAGUGGCCGCGGAGAUCAGCCCGCCAUCAUUUAUGACAGCCCUGUGACUGGAACUAAACAGAUCAUCACUUUCAGGGAACUUCAGGACCAGGUGUCCAGGUUAGCAGGAGUCCUGGUAAAGAACGGGGUCCAGAAAGGAGAUCUGGUAGUCAUCUACAUGCCCAUGGUGCCUCAGGCCAUGUUCACCAUGUUGGCCUGUGCACGGAUCGGCGCCCCGCACAGCCUCAUCUUUGGCGGCUUCGCUUCCAAAGAGCUUUCUGUCCGCAUCGAUCACGCCAAGCCCAAGCUGAUGGUUACGGCCUCGUUUGGCAUCGAGCCUGGCAGGAGAGUGGAGUACAUCCCUCUGGUGAAGAAGGCCUUGGAGCUGAGCUCUCACAGGCCCUCCAAAGUCCUCAUCUACAACAGGCCUAACAUGGAAACAGUCUCAAUGAGUCCAGAGUUGAGUCUGGACUGGGACGAAGAGAUGGCCACCGCUCGGCCGCACGACUGUGUUCCUGUUCCCUCCAACCACCCGCUCUACGUCCUCUAUACGUCAGGGACCACUGGGACACCGAAGGGUGUUGUGCGAGACACUGCAGGCUACGCUGUGAUGCUGAAAUGGACCAUGUCAAAUAUUUAUGGACUCAGUCCUGGAGAUGUGUGGUGGGCGGCGUCAGACCUGGGCUGGGUUGUCGGCCACUCAUAUAUCUGCUACGGUCCUCUGCUGCACGGCAACAGCACUGUUCUCUAUGAGGGGAAGCCCGUGGGGACUCCGGACCCGGGGGCGUUCUUCCGUGUCCUAUCUGAACACGGAGCCUCCUCCAUGUUCACGGCUCCCACUGCAAUAAGAGCCAUCCGCCAGCAGGACCCCCAAACUGCAAUUGGGAAAAAAUACCCACUGAGCAGGUUGCGCUCAUUGUUUCUGGCUGGGGAGCGCUGCGACGUGGAGACGCUGGAAUGGGCAAAGAGGAGCUUUGGGGUUCCUGUCCUGGAUCACUGGUGGCAGACCGAAACCGGCUCCCCCAUCACCUCCUCAUGCAUCGGUCUGGGGAACUCGCUCACGCCACCUGCAGGUCAAGCUGGCAAACCUGUCCCAGGUUACAAUGUCACGGUGAUCGAUGAUGACAUGCAGGAGGUGAAGCCAAGAACCCUGGGAAAUAUCGUGGUGAGGCUGCCGUUACCUCCUGGUGCUGCGUUGUCACUGUGGCAGAACCGCGACCUGUUCAAGGAGCUCUACUUCACCAAGUUCUCAGGUUACUAUGACACCAUGGAUGCAGGAUUUGUGGAUGAUGAGGGUUUUCUUUACAUCAUGUCCCGGUCUGAUGACGUCAUCAACGUGGCAGGCCACAGGCUGUCAGCUGGGGCAUUGGAGGAGUCAGUGCUGCAGCACCCUGCGGUGGGAGACUGUGCUGUGGUGGGACUAGAGGACAGUCUGAAGGGAGUUGUUCCCUUGGCCCUGUGUGUACUCAAGAAUGGUGUGAAGAAAAAUGAAGAGGAGAUUACAAAUGAGAUGGUGAGGCUGGUGAGAGACACCAUCGGACCAGUGGCUGCCUUCAGGAAAGUGCUUUUUGUUCGGGGAUUACCGAAGACGCGUUCUGGCAAGAUCCCUCGCUCGUCUUUAGCUAACCUGGUCAACGGCAAGCCCUACAAGAUAACUCCAACCAUCGAGGACCCAGACGUCUUUAAAGAAAUCGAGAGGCAGGUAGAAAAAGUGCUGAGACCUCGCAAAGCCUGAACUUACCUGUUGGAUAACAAAUCAGAGGUUGGACACAAUUUCGCAAAACCUCUCCUGCUGCAAGUUUUGUGCAAACCUGAACUCAAAGUUGAGUUAAAAUGUGUAAUUACUACAGUUACAGUCUGUCUGUAUGUAACCUGAAUGAUAAUGUGAAACUGUAAUGCCGAAGAAUGAAAUGAUACCCUUGAACCAUAAAACAUUUUUACCUAUUGAUAAAAAAAAUAAUGAUCCAAACUCAUUUACUGACAGUAGUUUCUUUUUUAUUGACAAUGAAAAUUUGCUUGCUCACCACUUAGUUUUGACCAAAGUACAAGAAGUAAUAAAUUAAAAAAAAUGGACACAAAAUAAAAUGAUUCAUUGUUCGUGCAAAUUGAAUGUAAAAACAAAUCAAAAGCGUAACACUCGUUUGAAUCGUCCAUCAGAAAUAACUCAAAGACAGAAAACAGGGCGUACGAUAGCUUACCCUGGAAACUCUGACGGAAACAAAGAGUUAACAGUUACACCAAUGUAAGUCACAGCAAGCAACAGGUUUGUCAUUAAAUGUCACCUCACUUCAACAUGGUCAUAUACACUCUACACACACUAUGAG